AUGCGAGCUCGACCCGCUCGUCGACCAACGAAGCCGCUGAUGAACAGGGCGAGGAAGAAGCCCCGUCGCAUGCCACUCGUCUUGAGAUUCAUCAAGGGCUCAAUCCAUGGCGACAUCUUGCUGCCAGUCAUAAUCCACGCCUUGUUUGCUGCACUGAUCGUAUAUGUUGACGAUUUCACGCCAUACACGCCGCAUCUUCCUGGAUCAAUUACUUCAUCUCUAUCUAUCGUCGUGGGUUUACUCCUCGUCUUCCGCAACCAGAGCUCAUAUGCUCGGUUUUGGUCAGGCCAGAACGACUUGACUACCAUUUGUACCAACAUCCGCAAUCUGACUCGGUCGUUUUUGACCUGCAACUACAACUCGAAAGGCCCUGGGCCUACGCCAGCUGAGCGAGCAGAAACAGAAGCUGCCAUCCACACUCUACUUGCCAUAAUAUACGCGGUCAAAAACACGCUCCAAUGGGAGUGGGAGCAUAGCGUGGGUGCUCCUGACCUCGAAGACAGCGGAUCUGGAUCUCUGAAACCAGAGCUGAGAGAGCUGCUGGGCCCCAAAAUGUCUCAAACCUAUGAGUUCGAGGGUCUUGGUCUUCCAAUCCAGCUCACGAUGUCGAUCGAAGCAUACAUUAAGCGUUCCCAUGACCGGGGAUGGUUCCACAGCCCGCAGGCAUCACAACUCUCGGUGCAACUCAACUCGUUGGUGGCAGCGUAUGGAACCAUGGAGACAAUUCGCUUGACACCUAUUCCGGUUGCCUAUCUUAUCCAUACCAGACAGGUAUUGGCACUCUACGGCGGCGUCCUGCCGUUCGCUUUUGUCGAAAGCAUGCAGUGGUGGACUGUCGUGAUCGUCUCUCUCAUCACCUUCACCUUGUACGGCAUAGAAGCCAUAGCAUAUCAGCUGGAAGAGCCGUUUGGCUAUGACAAGGCAGACAUCAAGAUGGACGACGUCAUCGAGGAUCUGAGAAUAGAGGUUUCCGUGUUGCUGAGAGAAUGGCAGGAAAACGCGCCGAUGUUUGGGCGGCAUUAG